UGCAUAACGCGCCGGCUCAGUUUUGCUUAUCGCGGCACAUUCGGCACUUUUUGCGGCGACCCACCGGCCCGCUCGGUUCUCACGAUGGCCUGUCCGCCCCUGAUCGGCCCCACAGCGGGAAAUUUUCCCCACCGAGAAAAUGCCCGGUAGGCCUAUGCCAGAUUGCCAGUCCAGCCCUGGGAGUGACUCACUCUCUCUCUCUCUCUCGCUCUCUCUCUCCACCAUCAGACUCCUGGAUUUCACACUGUCACAAAACUCUGAGGCAACGGUUUAAUCUCGGUUAAAGGGAUUGUGUGUUUGUGGAUGUUCAGAAACAGAAUCAAGAGUGAUGUAGUCCGGAUGACCGAGUGAAUCAUGGCACUGCUGAGAAAGAGAGGAAGUUGAGCAGAAGAAUGACAUACCACCGGCCCCGGCUGAACGGUUCAGAGGCGGUCGAGGACUGCGUGCAGGGGGCACUAUCCUCUCUCUAUCCUCCUUUUGAAAGCACCGCUCCUCCUCUACUCUCUCAGGUUUUCUCUGUGCUUGAGUCCACCUAUCAGCAUGACAGUUUGAGGUAUCUUCUGGAUUUCUUCAUUCCUGCCAAACACCUUCUGCACAGACUACAGCAGCAUGCAUGUUCUCAGUAUCUAGACUGCCUCUUCUUGCACUCUGGUUGGCCACUGUGUUUGGAAGAGAAGGUGGUAGUACAACUGUCCACUUUGGAUUGGAGACUCUUGCAUAGUACAGACUUCUACUUACAGGUGGUGCCCUUCUCGACACGUUGCCCUCGCCUAGCCCUUAAGUGCCUCGCACUUGGCGGGAGAAAUGUACAGGAGGUGUUAGUGCCCGAGUCACAGCACCCGCUUGUGUUCACUGCGGAGUGGCUACAUUGCAUCAACAAGGAACGUGGCUGCAAGAGAGAAGGUGGAGGAUGUUUGGACACUUGUCUGGUGAGUACAUGUGACGGAGUGGUCCGUAUUCCAUGGGAAGAGGUGGUUUACCCCAAACUACUGCACAAUCCCUCUGACCUUCUCCAAAACAAUUCUAACCUGACUGAUCUGUCCCACCCCUCAGGGGGUCUGGGCCUUGGCUGGGGCUCCUCUUCUGAAGAGCAUGAUUCCUGGUCGUGGGAUGAAGAGGAUGACUUGCCUCCAGAUGGGGACGAGGCAGAGAUUGAGACUGUAUUAGAACGCCUGCGCAGAAGCAGUGACCACGUCGUAGCUGAUGGCGCUGGAGAUUAUGUUGAGCUGCUAGAGCCUCGAGGAGGCCCUGAUGGUGGUGCUGAUCCUAAACAGCGCUAUUUGGAGAUGCAUGGGAUAUGUAAGACCAAAACACUGCCAAUGUGUAGAAGGAGUAAAGCAAUCCGGCUAAAGAGGAGUAAAGUGAAAGGGUUUGGAAGAACCGAACCUGGGGGAAGGGCUGGAGGUCUGGUACGAAAGGACAGCAACAACAAUGGAAAGGUUGGUGUCGGGUCUUGCAAGGACUUGGCUAGCUCACGGCCCAUGCCACGUGUCAUCGAUUUGGGUUGUGAGAGGCGUUCAUGUCCCUCUCCAUUCCAAGAUUUAGGUGGGAGAGAACUAGUAGGUCUGGAAAGCAGGGCACUUUUUAAGGACAAUCCGGGCAAGGAGAGGAGGCCUGGGGUAGGAAAAGAGAGAGAUGGGGCUGGGUCUACACUGCCCCGGGAGGAGAGUCAGAGAAGGAGGGGAUCCAUCAGGCGAUGUUCCAUAGAUACUGAUGAUGUGGGAAAGAACAAAGCAGAGAAUCUUGAGGAGGGACAACAGGACCACAACCAAAGAUCACACACUGUUUCUGAUGAUAACAUUUUGGCCAGCAAUUUAGAUGGAAGGGGAAGUAAAAUUGAAACAUUAGUAAAUCCCACCAAUGGUUCAGAUAAUGAAGGCAUCCCAUUGGCUUUUCAUGGGGAAACAGAAAAAAUAAACAGGCAAUUGGCUGGUGGAUCUGAGACAAGCAAGACACCACUCCCAAAUACUUGCCUGAGAAGUCAGUUGGACUCAUCACAUUGCGUUCAAAGCAAAACCAAACACAGAGAUAACACCAAAGAUCAGAAAACAGAUAAAAGUCAGCCACCAUCAGGUAGUGUGAGUUCCACUGGAGAAAAGCAUGUUGGGAAGUCAGAGAAUUGUGUUUGUCCCAGUGGAAAAGAAGUAAAAACUGGAGGAUUCAGAGCUCCCAGGAGGAAGAGGAAAGCCAAAGGAGGCAAAGGAAAAGUCAAAUCCAAUCGCUGUCUCCAACAAAAAGGCAAGGGUGACCACACAGCCUCUAAGAACCAGACCAAAGCAGCACCCCCAAGUGUCUCAACCAAAUUAUCAAACAACCAUUCUAGCCGACCAGAGGGGGCUUAUCAGAUUUCAGAAGUUUGCAAAGACUUUGUACCAGUCACUGACACAGAAAGCGAUGCAAAGUCAGAUGCCAAAGAAAGCAAAUCUGGCACAUCAUUUUCUGAUCAAACCCCCAAGGAACUGGUUUUAUCAUUAUCUGCCUCUAACUUGGAAUUUAAAGGCCCCCCUCCCUACCUUCGAGACUUAGAUUUCAAUCUCCUGCAAUCAGGAAAACUAAUGUUAACAGGUACUAUGGACAGACUGGGGCGAGCAUUGGUUGUUACAGAAAGUCACCUCCCAGAUGAUGGCUGGAACACAGAUGAAAUUAUCAAAGUGUUGUCGUGCUAUUACACCAUCACCAGACCUAUGGCUAGGGAGAAGGGCCUUACUGUGAUAGUGGACAGCAGAAAGUCUGCCCCGUCUGAACUUUGUAUCUCUGCACUGAAGCUUUUCAAGGGACAGGUGGCAGAAGGACUUGACUCGGUUCUUAUUCUAACUGAAGAACAAGAAGAAUCAAUCCAGCUCUGUCUGGAUGGAAUAGAGGUGCAUGCUGUGCGAGGUACUGUCAUCCUUCAGCAGUUUGUGGACAAGCAGCACCUGCCCAGAGAGAUGGAUGGAGAUUUUAACCACUCACAGGUUGACUGGCUGGCUUUCAGAAUGAGUCUGGAACAGCUGACGGAGCGCUGUGACAGCGCCCUCACCCUGCUGGGAGACGCACUACAGUCUAUGGACACAGAACCACUUCCUGACUGCAUUAAGAAUGUUCCCCUCAGUGUUGACAAACACAGACAGUUAAUGACAAGCAUCCUCACUGACCAACGGCUGACGGAGCUGCAGCAGAGGGGUGGGGCUUGGCUGGCAGGUCUGGCCAAUGGGACGUCAGGGUUGGCACAGAGAUCCCCAGACUGCAAGGCUGCUUUGGCAGUGACAUCUAACCUGUAUGAAAGCGUCGAUGAUGCGCUUCACCGCCUGGUGCGUGUGUCCAAUCAGAGGGGUCGUGACCUGGAAGCACUGGGGAGAUUGGCUGCACUUGUUGAUAGACUGGAAAAGUGUGAUCGGGAGAUUGAGCACGUGCAGGAGCAGUUGGAGGACUAUAAACAUCCUCCUCUGUCACUCAGCAGACUGUCACUCAAACAGCACAAGUUCAAGGGCCUCAGAGGAUCUGCUAUGGAGCUUAAUAGUGAGACUCUGGUUUUGCUGGGAGAGGUGGAGAGCUGGUCUGAGCUGGACUGGGCUGGUCUGGGGACUGUGCUGGAUAAACUCCCUCCAAUCAGGGAGAAAGUGCAAGACAUGUCUCACUGCCUGUCUGACUGCUGGACGCAGCUGGACAACACACAGAGACUGCUGUCCACACUUACUGAGGCAUCUCAGUGGUGUGAUUUGGUGUCGUCCACCUCUCCAUCCUCUUCCUCAUCCUCUCCUCUCUCCUCGCUCCCUCCCAUCCCUCCGUCCCGUUUCCAGGACGCUCGCGCUCUUGCACUGGAUCUGGGCGGAGGGGCUCUGCUGGAGCUCUGGUCGCAGACUCUGGAGCGUUAUCAGAAAACACUAGCUCAGUUUAAGAGCCGAAUCCUGCAGGUGGAGAGGGGCCCAUCAGGAGCCCAAGACCAAGACUCCAGCGGACGAGGAAAGACACCUGCCUCCAGUACGUCCAGUUUGGGGGAGUUAGAGGGCGAGAUCGAGCCGGAUUGGUGCCCUGGAGGAGGAGGAGGAGAGGGCGGAAUGCAGUCAUGGGGUUCGCUGGCGUCUCUCUUCCGGCCGCAGAACUGCUCGACGCUGAAGACCGGAGAGGAGAAGAAGAAAGAGGGAGUGAAUCCAGGAGGAGGGAAGUUUUUGCAAAACCUACUGCAUCCCUCCAAGAAAAGUCCCACAGACCCCACUCUCCCACCCAAACCCCCUCGCAAGCGGCACCCCAGUUUUGACCUUCAGGCUCUUCUCGCCCCACGCCGGUCAGUUGCCAUGACUAAACCCAUGGAGUCUACUUCAGGCCCGUCCUCCCCGCUGUCGUGGCUGGGCCGCCGGACGCUGACAGACCCGAUCCUCAUGGCAGGGGUGGCAGCGGCCGUUCCGGGCUGGAAGGACUCUGCUGGAGGAGCUGGAGGAGGAGGAGUGCUCAUCAGAGGAGUGGAGGUCAGCAGUAAAGAGGUGGCAGAUCAUACAGGCUUCACACGUCAACAUGUGCUGCUCAGCCGCACUGAAAGAGGGACAGGAGUGGAGAGAGCCGGAGUGACCGCACAAAGUAAGCUGUACUUACAGUGGUGCCGUCUGCUCAGCACAGAGAGGCAGUAUGUAGCUGUUCUUAAAGGUGUAGAGGAGAAUUACCUGCCUCUGCUGGAAUCUUCAGAUGUCCCGUCAGCUCUGAGAGGAAAGACAGAGUCACUCUUCUGUAACUGGAAAAGCCUCUCUUCUUUCCACUCGCAGUUACUGCUGCCUGCCAUGGAAGGUGCUCUCUCCCAGACACUACAGCAAAACGACUGCUUCAGUAAAUACAAGGAUCAGUUCCUGUUAUAUUCCCAAUACAUCCAUAUGAGACCCGAGCCGGACGCACUGUUGAUCAGCCAGGCUGCUGACUUCUUUAGGUCAAAGCUGUCUUCCUCUCUUGUUCCUGCCCCUCCAUUUCCUCAGUGUCUCUCGGCCCCCAUUCAGAGACUGGAGCAGUACUGUCAGACACUAGAGGAACUGGGCGGUCUCAAUCCCACCUCUGACUCCGCCCUGUCUAUUCUAAGACAUGCCCAGAGGCAUGGAGAGGAUCUGCGAGCCAGUGAUGUCAUCAAGGGGUGUCCGAUACCAGUGGCGGAGCGUGGAGAUCUGGUGCGUCACGGUGAGCUGUGCGUGUGUGGUGGAAAUCGACGGAAGAAGAUGGGUGUGAGGAACAUCUUCCUUUAUCAGAAUUAUGUCAUCUUUACCAAACACAAAACACCCAGCCCUGGAUACAGCGUAUACAGCUUCAAACACAGCAUAAAGACCGGUGAGAUGGGUCUCACUCAGAAUGUCGGUGAGGAUGGACUGAAGUUUGAGGUGUGGGUAAGACAGUCAUCUCGAACCAGGGACUGUCUCACUCUCCAGACCUCUAGUGUCCAGGAGAGAGAAGCCUGGACUCAUGACAUCGCACAACUGCUCUGGAAUCACGCCAUGCAUAACACAGAGUUGUGUCUGAAGGAGUCUCUGUGCAUGGGGGUUUCCAGUAAGCUUCUACUGGAUGUGACUGGCACUCAAAUCUCAGAGAUGGACUCCAGUUUCAGCCUGAACGACAGAGUUCAGAGCAGCUGUUCAGACUCCUCUUCUGUGGGCAGCCUGAAAGAGGGCGACUCGCCCGCCUCUGCAAGAGAUUCAAAGAGGAACACUAAUCAAGCAGGACACACUCAGAACUCUUCACCAUCGACUUCUGUGUGAAUAUCUCACCAAAAAAUAAACAAACACAAAACGGGUGCUGUUUCAUUCAUCUACAACACGAAAUUGUUGCUUCCACACACAUAUAUACGACUGGGACAACUGGACAACUGGACAUAAACUCGACCAUGUGAUGCACAAAGCUGCAGGAAUACAGUAUUGCAGACUGAAGCCUGGAGCUCGGCUUUUCAUUUAUUUGCUCUUUUUAAUUUUCAGGUACUGACUCAAAGCACAGUGGAACAAUUGAAACUAUACUCUAAGAUUAUAAAGUCAACAUGACAUCAAAUGGACCCUUUCUACUUUCUUCAUUGACAUUCCUGGUCUUAUUGUGCAUGUUUCUCGCACUUUUCAAUGGAUCAAAAGUGUCCUCGUUGAAUAUUAUGUCCACAUUAUGGAAGUAAAAUGGGUUGUUUAUGCCAUUUCAUGUUGACUUUAAGGUGAAUAUAUGUGUGCUUGUCUUUGUAUAACAGUAAGAUUGAAAUGAAGAACAAAACGCUUAAAUUGUGAGCUAUGCUCAUGUUGUUCACCAAAUGUGCUCUUUCAUACAGCAGUUGCUUGGACCUGCAUGACGUUAUUGCUUUAUUUGAAAUGUUUAAUUCUGCGGUUGCUGCAAAUAUGGACCAAAUCCAAACCAAAAACACUGUCAUGUGUUCUGCAAGAUUUUGCCCAAUGCAAACUCUUGAAUUAUUACAAGUAGCACUUUUUCUGUAAGCGUAUCUUUUUGGAAGAUAGUUUCCUCUGAUUGCAGCUUAUCUCAAGUGGCACUUUGUGAAGUUCUAUGGAGCUAAACCGUGCAACACAUUUGUAUAUGAAACUCGGACUGUUGCGUGUUUUUGGCCGAGGACACAUCUGGUAUUUCAGCUGAGGCCCAUCUCCAUCUCGCAGUGUUGAAAAAGAGAGAACGUUUUCUUCUUCUUUCUCUGAAACACUGAGUUUUGUUAAGCACCAGCUGUCUUUUAUUGCCAUGGCCAAUCAGAGAGCUAAAUCCCGGCCUGAAUUUCAAAAGAGAGACGUUAUGGAUGGUGUGUUUUAUGAGUUAUGUAAUUAGUUAACUCCGCCUUCGGCUUUGCCAUUAACAACAGUCUUAAUCUUACACAGUAUUAGAUGCAUGCUGGAACGCUAAUCUACUCAAAGGUUUGAGUUCAACCGAGUAAAAACUGACUUCAGCUUUGACUCAAGCAACUGUAAUCCACUUCUGAAUUUAUGAGGUCUGACUCUGGAAAAUCCUCCUUUUAUAAGCUUUUAUUUCAAGUCAUAUGUCUUGCGUUACAUAUUUUAGAUGCUGGAAAGUGCAAGUUUUUCGUUUACUGAUAAAACAAAAGCCAAACAAAAUGAUGCCGUCCUCGUGCUAAAGAGUGCGUCUAGUUGUUCAUUGAGCAUUGAGAAAAUCAUACAUAAAAUCUCUUGAAUAUCUCAAUUGUGGCUCCUAGACAUCUUUCAUUCGAGAUUAAAUGGAGAAAAAUGUUGGCGGAAUGUUUCUUGAAUCUCACAUGUCUCCUCUAGAUUUUCAGAAGAGAUCGUUUCACUGGAAAAUAAGACCAAAUAAGAGGCAAAAUUAUACAAUAUAUUUUGUUUUGCUUGAAGAUGGAUGGAUGGAUGGAUUUUGUUUUGCUUUCAGAGGAAUCUAACACAAUUUAGUACCGCUUAUGCUUGUAGCAAGAACUAUCGCCAGUGGAGUCAAAAGAAUAGCUAGAUUUAAAGGGAAAACAUGUUUAUUACUAUUUCCCCUUUGGUAAAUAGGUUUUUCAUGUCUUAAUCAUAAACCACUCCAAAUUUUGUAAGAUUUCACUGAAAACAAGACUUGAUAUCUUAUACCACUCUGCUUCUCAAGUAUUUUUUUUAUUUUAAGGAUGUUUAGAUGUUUUUACUGGAAAAUAAGACAAAAAUACUCCGUAAGAAAAUAAUUUUUGCAGUGUUGUGGUCUUAAAAUAGGUUCCUCUUCAACAAUGUCCCAGUAAUAUCUCAUGUGUCUCCUCUAAAGUUUCAGAAGGGAUCUCAACAAUGUCUUAAACUGUUCUCGGAUUUGCCAAUAUAGCAAAGUCUACAAACAGAAGUCAUGAGAUCUCAAUUUGAACUCAUCAAAUUCUUCUAAGACCAAAUUAUCUGAGCUAUGCUCUUCCUGUAUGUGAACAUUUGACUCUCUAAGGCAUUUUAGAAUAAGCAUGUCAAUACAACUGAGAACUUUAACAAUGGAAGAGCAAACCGUUUUUCCUCUGCACUGCAAAAGAAAAAACUAAGUAAAUCAUAAAAAUGCAUCCUAAGAAAUUUUGUCUCGUUUUCCAUUAAAACCUUCUUAAACAAUAAGAUAUUUUCAGGGGUCCCACAGUCAUGGAAAACCUGGAAAAUUUUAAAAUAGUGUUUUCCAGGUCUGGACAAAUCAUGGGAAUUAAUUCAAUCUCGAAGACUUUGUAUUAAUUUUGUACUCUGCUCUAAAAUAUUCCAUCGGUUAGAUAUUGCUCUUGUGUAGAGGAAAACAUGCGCCCAAUCCAAAGUAAUAUCCGAUUUGUCAGGUUUUGUUCUUUUGAGCCUGUUCUUUUCAAUGAAUUAGUCGAAACGAAAAAUUUAGAAAAAAGUGUCUAAAUGAUUUGUUAGCAAAUUGGUACGAUUCAAAAUGACUUUGAUCAAUAUGUAUCGGGAAAAGUCAUGGAAAUGUAAAAAGGGUGGGAAUCCUGUAUUUUCUCUUUUUUUUUUUUUUUUUGAGAGAGAUCUAACCAAAUGAGGUAACAUUUAUGCUUAUGACAUAAAAAGCUAUUUGGCAAGAAGAAGAAAACUCGAUUCAAAGAAAGAACCAUCUUAUUUUUCUUCCCCAAUUGGCAGGUAGUCUUUUCUUGUUUUAAGCAUUAACUCCACCAUUUUUUGUUGCAUUUCUCUGAAAACAAGUAUUAUUAUCUGCUUCUCAAGUAACAUUUUUAAUAAGACCAAAAUAUGCAGUAUUGAUUUUUGGAGCCUGGACUGCCAUGUUACUAAAACAGUAUUUUGAGUUUGUUUGUUGCUUCAUGUUUUGAGUUUCCUCCAUCAUUUAUGCACUUCAGAAGAUGAAUCCUGUUGUUGAAAAAGAUGGAUCGCUUUAAAACGAGUGUAGGACUCAAAAAGUGAAGAUCGCCCAAACCUGCGCAACUGUGGGAGGAAUGUCCUGUAUCUACAGCACUAAACCCACAUUCAGGCCAAAAAUACUCUCCGCAGCGGGGUGUGUGUACGAUCCAACUCUCUCCAAACCAUAAAUACCUUGGCGUGAUUCAUAGUUUUGAUUGUAAACAGGACUGUGUGCCAAAGAAACAAGCUGUCUUUAUAAGCCUCAUCUUGUAUGAAUGUUUACAUUUGUUUAAUGCCUGAUGUUUGCAUGCUACAUCUCAACCAUGUUAACUUUGUAACUGAUUGAAUUGCCUUUGUGUGAAUUAUGAUAAGUAUGAAGCAAAUGAAGUUGUUUCCCUUUUCUUCCCGCAGCCAUUUUACAGCUCGAUGACAUUUAGUGCAUAUGAGAGCAUUAUGGGAUAGACACUUGACAACAUAACUGACACUCUGGAAAUGGCAGCCACUCGGUGACCAACAGAAGGGAUUGCAUUUUUUGAAAGAGGAAGAGAUGAAAAGAGUGCAGAGAGAGAGAGGGAGGAGUGACAGAGAUGAAAAAGGGGCCAAAGACAGUUGAUGGUAUGAUGGGAAAUGAAGGAGGGACAGACGGAGAGGCACAGAGAGGGGAUACGAAAGAAUGAGAGAGAUGAGUGAGGGGGAAAGUCGAGAGAGAGAGAAAGAGAGACAGACUGAGUGUGAGAAAGGUAUGGCUGAGGCCAGAGAAGUUUUUUGUCUAAUAGAAAUGUGAAGAGAGGGAGAGAAUGGGUUGAAAUGGGAAAUGGGGAGCAGAAAGAGAGAUAGUGUGAGGAUUAGAGAGAGAGUUUGGGGGGAGGCAGUGAGACUCUGGCGAACAAAGAGAACGUGGAGAGAAUGAGUUGGGUGAAACAUCAAAGGGAUUUUUCGGCCGUGUUACCGGGACAACAGACAUUUGCAUACGAUUAGCUUUUUACAUCAUAUUAAGGAGGGAUGGGGCGAGUGAGGGAAAGCAUACAACAUAAAGAGAGAGAGAGAGAGAUGGUGGUCACUCAGACUGACUUAUGUGCUGACAAGCGGCCAUUUGUCUUCUCAAGAUCAUGCGAUGAAGAUGAAAAUUAGACAAAGUAAAACGCAUGCAAAGUUAACCAAAUCUUACUAAAUCUAAAGAAAAAGUACAUUUUAAACAAAUGAGCAUUUUCAUCAUGCAUCUGGAUGUGUUUUUUAUUAUUCCUAUCAUUCUCAACAGGGAUUCUUAUUACUUUAAUGCAGUGUUGUAUUACGGUAAACAUGAAUGUACUACAAUUAUAUUUAUAUAUGGGUGCUGAUUCUUAAGAAAAUGUCCUGGUCAUAGUUAAUUCCAGGACACCUGGCAGGUGACACGGUGCGGUCUAAAAUUCCUACAUAUUAUUUUCUAGACAGGUACGCACACACCGCCAACGCUGAGCAACAAAAUUCUGCAGUGCGGUGGAGCGAAACUCGCAUAUUAUCCAUUAAAUUCAACUCAAAUCAUUAUCAAAGGAUAAAGAUUAUUUAGUCUAGCCAUCACUGGAUGGUCUGUUGUGUGUAUGUAUCGUUCAUAUUUUCAGUUACAUGUGUCUUUUUGUGGUUUGACAGCUUAUUUAACCUAUUCACAGAGAAAUUGCAUAAUAAACGUCACCAUUUCUAAACGUUCAGUUUGCGCAGUUCCAUCAGUUCCAUACAACAACCUGUAAUGAACCAUUUUCAUUCUUGAUGAAGUACAAAAACCUUUGUAACUUUGGACUGCUAUCUGCUGUGCAUUGGCAAAUAUAUUGCAUUAUUGUAGCAGACAAGUAAAGCACUGAUACAAUACAUAAAGUGGCUUUAG